GUUAGGUUUAGAAGAUGUUUGAUAGAAAAACAAGUAUUUGUCAACAAAUUUUUAUUUUUAAUAGUUUUUCUCAAUUGCUCAUCUAAUUAAUGCGUAGUUAUAAGAUUUUCCUCGGUCGUGAGUUAAUUUAAUAUUUGUUGCUUAUUGAAUUGUGAAAAAGAAUGUUGCGAAAGAUGUUUUGAGUUAAACAAUAUACCACGUAUCUACUUCUCCUGUGAUAUUUUUUACAACAGUAUUAAUUUAUGUCGAUUAUAUUAAUAUAAAAACAAAGUAAUUCUAACUAUGGAUAAAUUAACCUUAAUUUCUGGAACUUUGUUUAUGGCUGCAGAUGUAUUUGCAAUUGUAAGUUUAGCAAUGCCUGACUGGAUUAUUACAGAUGUCGGAGGUGAUACAAGAUUAGGUCUUAUGUGGACUUGCAUGACUUUAUACAACCGUCCUCAAGUUUGUUUUACCCCUGAUUUACAACCUGAAUGGUUGUUAGCAUUAGUUUGUAUUUUUGUUGGAUGUAUAUGUAUAACAACAACUAUAAUACUAUUAGCUUCAUCUCAUUGGGACAGAAAUGUUGUACCUUAUGCCCGUUGGGUAGGAUUUACAGCAAUGGUAUUAUUUUGUUUGGCUGCUGUAAUAUUUCCCAUGGGAUUCCAUGUGGAUGAAAUUGGUGGUCGGCCUUAUCAACUUCCCAAUAGUCAUCAAGUUGGGAUUUCUUAUAUACUCUUUGUUUUGGCUCUUUGGAUAACAGUAAUUUCAGAGCUUUUCGCAGGGAAAGUUUGUCUUCCUCACUUUUAAAGAAAGUGUAGUCAGAUAUUAUGUGGUUUCAUACCUAUAUAGUCAGAAUCGCUUAACAUUUGAGGAACGGGAUAAUAUGCUCCCUGCCAGUCGUUAUUUAACGAGGUAAUCUAGAAAAAUAAGGUAAAUUAUUUACAAAACACUUGAAUCAAUUAACCUUUUUAUUUUCACCUGUUCUAAGGUCAUUUUAAC